GAGGAAGAAGAAGAAAAAAUAAUAAAAAUGCAUUGAACUGAUCACUUUUAUUUUGAAGAUUUAAUCAUUAGAAGAUGACAUCGUUUGUGCUGCCAGCAGAGGGCUCUUUGUUGUCAUUUUGGCCGGCCAUGGUUGUUUGGAUGGAGGCGCAUUGAUUGAAGGAGAGAGACACCUGGCUGUCACGAUGAAACCUGUUACUGUUGAUCAGAAAGCUUUGUCUCCAUCGAAUCCAUCCAGGGGAUAGUUCUGCCAAAUGCCUUGACUAGGAUACAGGUGUCAGCAGACAUGGUUCUUGUCUUGUUGGGGUUUUCCAACACGUCGAUCACAAGCUGCCCACUUAUGAGUAGUUCAUUCGGUCAUUUCUCUAUUAAUAAUUAGACGUUUGGAAGUUAAGUACAGAAGAACUAUCCAAAACCAGAUAAAAAAAACAGUCAGGCUGUCACCAAGCAGUGGCUGUGGUCCCCCAAAAUGAGGCCUGACAGUAACAGCAGCAGUACGGUUCUGGAGGGAGAUGAACAGGAGGGCUGGUCUGGACCAAUCAGCCGGCCCCGUCGGCCCCAGCGCCGUUUGCCCUCCUCGGGUCGGGUUCGUCACAGCCACAAACGCAGCCGAACGGACAAGCAACCGCACGCUUGUCCCUUGUGUUCUAAGACCUUCAUCUCCUCCUCUCACCUGGCGCUGCACCUUCGCUCGCACAGCGGAGAGAGGAAGUACAAGUGUGGCGAGUGUGGGAAGCUCUUCCUCCAGUCUGCCCACCUGAUGCGCCACAGAACCAUCCACACCGGGGAUCGGCCCUUUAAAUGCCCGGACUGUGGCAAGAGUUUCGGGCGCGCCUCCCACCUAAAAACCCACCGGCGGCUGCACACAGGAGAGAAACCCUUCCAGUGCUCGCUCUGUGACAAAGCUUUCACCCAGAAGGCCGGGUUGAUUAUGCACCACCGUCUGCACACCGGAGAGAGACCGUACCGCUGUGAUCACUGCGGGAAAUCCUUCCGCUCCUCCACACACCUGCUUGCCCACCAGGCCCUAGAGUCGGCCCAGCAGAGCUUCUCCUGUGACCGCUGUGACCAGAGGUUCCGGUCGGCAUCUGCCCUCAGGCAGCAUGUAAAGACUCACAGCAGCUCCAUGGAGGACCUGUGUUGUGGGGUCUGCUCUCGGGCCUUUGUCCGCUCCUCCUACCUGCAGCUGUACAUGAGACUGGGCCGAGGACAGAGGCCCUAUCACUGCAGAGUCUGCAACAAAACCUUUGUCAAGAUGACCACCUUCCAGAGACACUGUGACAAACAUCUGAGGAGGAAUGGAGAUGUGGGAGAGGAGGAGGAGGAGGAUGUUAAACCUACUGUGCCCCCGACGUCCCCAACUCCUCCGCCGUCUUCUCCUCCAUCCACUCUGCUUCCCUUUUCUGAGGUCAGCACGCGCUCAAAAACUAGAGCCAAGAUUAGGACGGAAUCUUGUGUUCUGGACUUGUGAGUGUGACACAGUGAGAAGAGCCAGUUGCAUUACAUCAGGGCUGCUCAGUCCUAGACCUGGAGAUCUACCAUCCAGUGGGUUUUCUCUCCAACCCAGUUGCAUUACAUCAGGGCUGCUGAGUCCUAGACUUGGAGAUCUACCAUCCAGUGGGUUUUCUCUACAACCCAGUUGUGACUAACCUGACUCAGCUUUUCAUUGUUAGAAUCAGGUGUGUAAUGGAGAAAACAUACAGGGUGGUGGCUCUCCAAAAUCAACAUAUUAUGCUUAUUACAUAUUACUAGUAAUAUUAAUUAUUGAUUUUAUUUUAUUUGAUAGGAUAUUGUAAUUAAUUAUACAAAUGCAUGUUUAUUGUAUUGUUACAUUUUAAACGUUUAUUUGAAAUAACUAAUAUAUACUUACAGGUGUUUGGUGUGUGACUACUCAUUUCUAUUAUAGGCCUUGUAAUUCUAGUGCUUUACAUACUGUUAUCCAUGAUUAGGACCCCCCCCCGCAUUUAAAAACAAUACAAUACUACAAAAUGUGUUUUUAGAAUGAAACAAGUAAACAUUUAGAAUGAAAAGUAA